AGAGCACUGAAUAUGGCGGCCUGCAUCUGAUGGCAAAAGAAGAAUCUGACGCGAAUACCUUCUCGAAACUGUGAGUACUGCGUUGUGUGGGUUUCAUGAUAACUUCCAGAUAUAGUUUAUCGAAUUUGCGCUCUCAUCUAGGCCUACUGGUUUAUGUAGGCUAUUUACGAAGGCUGAGGAAGCAGAGAUUAAACGUAAACAAUGAGUAGUACGCCAUGAGCUCGGUGUGUAUUUUUCAUGGCACAUUUUGGCUCUGGUAGCCUAUUCCCUGGACUCUACUGCUGCACAGUGGGCGCUAUUGGUGUUUACGAUGGUCACAUUCUUUCAGAGAAAGAGAUCAUAAUAAUAAUAAUAAUAAUAAUAAUAAUAAUAAUAAUAAUAGUGGAAAUAUGAUCGAGGCACAUGGUCCAUUUCUAAAUCGAAAUAUUAGUUCCUAGCUGACAUCAUUGACAGGAACAGAGAAUGAUGAUAAAGGGAAAAGGAAACGCAUCACAUACGCCGAUGUUUUAUUUGGUAAAUUGAUUGCCAACACACGUUAGUAUGUUGUUAUUUCCACUUUAUUGUUUUAUUUACAGUAGGCUUGCCGUAUUUCCCCAAAACUUAUUUGCACAGGGUUGUCUUUGAUAAACAAUGAGUCAAUCAAUAGGCUUUUCUUUAUCUAAGAGAAUGCUUUAACAGUUGCCUAUCUAUUUACCCCGUUUUACAAUAUAUAUUAAUGAAUUAAAUAAUUAUUAACGAAAGAUAAAGGCAUCUUUUUCUCAUUUCUAAAUUGCUGUGAACCUCUCUUCUGUUAACGCCCACUUCUGAGGAGUGCAGCCACUCGAUAUGGACACGCCCCCUACAGUCGUUUUAAUCAGACACCAUUCACCUCAUGUCAUACAGUUUUUACAUUUACAUUUUAGCAGACGCUCUUAUCCAGAGCGACUUACAGUUAGCGAGUGCAUACAUUUUUCAUACUGGCCCCCCGUGGGAAUCGAACCCACAACCCUGGCGUUGCAAGUGCCAUGCUCUACCAACUGAGCUACAGGAAGUCUACAAUGGAUCAAAUAGAGAUUUGAUGGUGUAACAUCAAGGGUUCUUAAAGGGUAGGUAACAUAAACGGAACCACAUGUAACAUGUGGAUUUGCAUUAGUAUUACACAUGAAAAGUUCCCAUGCAAAGUUACACCUCACUUUUCUAUUUUUGGAGUUAUGACAUAAAACCGAUCAGAAUUUCCGAAGAAUGCCGAAGUCAUGUCGGAAAAUGUUUUUCCAGAGUGUGAUGUAAUAUGGAGGACCCUGCAAGCAAACCUAUUCCCUAAAAUGUAAACUCCAAAAAUAAUAUCUUCAGGUGUAUAACUUCAAAUUAAACCAAAUCGUUGGCACUCAUGACUACUGGUUUCAAUUACUUUCAGCCAACUUACAAGCAAAUACUUUAUGAAUUUAUUUUUACAAAUCAACUUGCAAGGUUGCUACCUGCUAACAUUAGCCCUACUAGCCUGCUAAUGGUAGCCUUAUUACGUUAGCAGUGCAUGAGUCAGUCAGAUGCUAUCAACACCUAGCUUACAGCUUCAUUUAAAGUAAACCAAAGUCUUGGAAAUAUAUAACACCAUACAACCAGUUAUCAAUGAAUGUUCGCUAUAUGCAGUUAUCUUCGCCAGCAAGCUAACCAGCCAGCUAACGUUAGCUAUUUAGCCAACUAGCUAUUAGCCUAGCCAGCCUAUCCAACCACCACAGUUACGGUCGGCAAGCUAGAGCCCUCCUACUGGAGUCCAGCUAGAACACAACUAACACAACUAAAACAUAACCGCAGAUUAAAAGCAAAGAGAAAGCAGAUACUUACAGAUUGAUGGUUGGGGCCCAUCCGAUGCAAACACUUUUAAAAGAGUGCAGGCUGAGUUAGCUACCAAAGCGAGGGGGAGGCGGGCCGAAAUCCAAACUAGUUGGAUUUCAGAUGUCAGUCAGCUAGCGCGCUAGCACUAAGCCAAUGUUGGAAAAGUUGCAAAACUUGUGAACUGUGUGAAUUGUACCAUUUUCCUGUCUUGCUAAGCAUUCAAAAUGUAACAAAUACUUUUGGGUGUCAGAGAAAAUGUAAAAAGUACAUUAUUUUCUUUAGGAAUGUAGUGAAGUAAAAUUUGUCAAAAAUAUAAAUAGUAAAGUACAGAUAACCCCCCCAAAAUACUUAAGUAGUACUUUAAAGUACUUUUACUUAAGUACUUUACACCACUGCACAGCCACAAAGUCCGUGAAUAGCAUGAGGUGUGGCUAACGUUAGCCAGCUUGGCUGAACUCGGUAGCACAGAGUACAUCCUCCAUAUGACGUUGAGAAAUUGUGGGUAGUUUAGAAGUUAUCCAGAAGUAAGUUAAUAAAUAUGUAAUAACCCAAAAACAUAACUAUGUUUGUAGUUCUAGGUAACCAGAUCGGGACUACAACUACGUUACUAAGUCUUUGGCCGUGCUGUGGUAAGUAAAAACUCAUGCUUGCUACCCUUUAAACUUUUUCAGCUCCAAACCCAAAUAAGAAAUUGACGGUCCUCCUGUGACCCAAAUCGUCCUACAACAACCCAAAUUAAUAAUACAUAGUGUGUGAUAAUAGAUGUAUUCUCAUGACCUCUGACAUGCCCAGGCCCAUAGUUUAAGAAACCCUAUGUUACAGGUUAGUAAAAAUAGAACAUUUGAAGAACAACCUUCUUUCCUAUGACAACAACAACUGAACAAUAGAACAAUAAUCCCUUAGUGGUGUUUCUGUCAUAUUCCUCUUCUAAAUCAAAGCUGUAUAUCAGUACUGUACUGUUUAUGAUGAUGGACUACUAGUAUAACCAUCCUUCUAUAUAUUAUAACCAUUUAGUAUAAUAUUAUUAAUGUCAGUAUUAUUUAGUAUGAUAUUAUUAAUGUAGCAGUAUUAUUUAGUAUGAUAUUAUUAAUGUAGCAGUAUUAUUUAGUAUGAUAUUAUUAAUGUCAGUAUUAUUUAGUAUGAUAUUAUUAAUGUAGCAGUAUUAUUUAGUAUGAUAUUAUUAAUGUAGCAGUAUUAUUUAGUAUGAUAUUAUUAAUGUAGCAGUAUUAUUUAGUAUGAUAUUAUUAAUGUCAGUAUUAUUUAGUAUGGUAUUAUUAAUGUCAGUAUUAUUUAGUAUGGUAUUAUUAAUGUGUCUGUAUUAUUUAGUAUGGUAUUAUUAAUGUAGCAGUUUUAUUUUCUUUACUGUGGUUCCCCCCAAGCUAAGAAACAGUGUUAGAUGCUCUUUCUGACCCUCCGAAAUGCCUGGACAUUACACACAGAUAUUACUGUAUAUAUUAUUUUGGUUUAGAAACAAGUUGUCAGUGAUCUACUCCUGGGCAUUUCCAUCUAAAAGGACCCAUGAGCACCAACAUGUGAAGUUCAUAGAAGCAUGUCAAAUUGGGUGUCAGAUGAAAGCUAAGAGUCUAUGUUUUUGAGAAAUUAAGGCAUAUAUACAUUCUUCAACCAUUUUCCAUCCUAAAAAUGUGGAAUAAGCAAAGGUUUUGAUUUCUGGUCAAGCAGAGGAAAAAGGGUUCUUAGACAACAUCUACCAGAAAAAGUCCUAAGAAGUAUUAGAAAUACAUCAAAACACAAUAAUGUUGAAAUAAGACCCCUGCCAACUAAUAUCAACACUUAUAUUUAGUUUUGGAGAAAUGAUUUGCCUUCUGUACGUUUAAUAACAUUGCCUUGUGACUUCCCACUGGGCACAGAUGUCAGUUCAACGUGUAAUUUGUAUUUACAUUUUGUUGAGUUGUCAACUAACGUGAAUUCAACAAAAAUGUAGGUUAAAAGUUGGGUUAAAAAAAGGCAAAACGGUAAUAACUUUUUGCAAAUCCAAUCAGUUUUCGACGCUGAUUCAAUGUCAUCACUUAAAUAAAUGACAUGGAAACAACGUUGAUUAAACCAACUUUUGCCCAGUGGGUUUUAAUUCCGUUACCAAAAACCCACAUCUUUUAGAUAAAAGUUCACAAAAGUAACAAGUAAAGGUAGACCGACCAACGGAAUUACCGAAAAAUCUGUAAUGGAAUUACUGCAAUUGAAUUGGCUACAAUGGGAAAUCAUAGUAGUCACAAACCACAGUUGGGUCACCUGCUAAUGUCCUUCCUUCCACUGACAUACUGUUAUGUUCAGCUCAUAACUGUUUUCUGCCGUCUGGUGGUCAAAGCAAGACUGUGAAAACAUUCUGGACAACCUCUUUCUUUCUUUCUUUCUUUCUUUCUUUCUUUCUUUCUUUCUUUCUUUCUUUCUUUCUUUCUUUCUUUCUUUCUUUCUUUCUUUCUUUCUUUCUUUCUUUCUUUCUCUUUCUUUCUCUCUUUCUCUGUCUCUCUCUCUCUCUCCAGUUAAUGUCAUCUCUACUGGCUCUUACUGAUACCUACCUACCAGGGCUGGGAAUUGCCAGGGACCUCACGAUACGAUAUUAUCACGAUACUUUGGUGCCAAUACAAUAUGUAUUGCGAUUUGAUACUGUUAAUUUAUUGCGAUUUGAUGUUCUAAACAUAUUGCUCGCCAUACUGCAUUGUAUGUCUGCUGCAGAGAGACGAGAUAGAGUUAUGAGAAAACACGUUUUGAACAAUCAUGGAAAUAAAUUGCUGAAAACAAAUUGGCUCCCUAUUUAAAAAGAAGAUGGAGAACAAGCUAUGAAGGGAAAAAAACAGGAGUUUUGGUGCAGGUACAGCCAACUAGUGCAACAUUUUUAUUUUGCGAUAUUGUCAAAACGAUACGAUAAAUCGUGAAAAAUUAUAUCCCGAUAUGUGUCUGUAUGAAUUUUUUUUAUUUUUACAUCAUCACUACUACCUACCCUCUUUCCAUUUACUGUAACAAGCAUCCUUACCCACUGAGCACUGACCGACACCGGAUGUCCAUUGACGUUGAAAAUUAGUUGAAAUUGAAUCAAUCUGCCCUGGCCGGACCGAAUCUGAACCAAUCAUAGAUAUAUAUGUUUCACAAGUUUGUACAGCACAGUAGAGAACAGUACAGUAGAGUUCAGUAGAGAACAGUACAGUAAAGAACAGUUCAGUAGAGAACAGCACAGUAGAGAACAGUACAUUAAAGAGAAGUAUAGUUCAGUAGAGAACAGUACAGUAGAGUUCAGUAGAGAACAGUACAGUAGAGAACAGUACAGUAGAGAACAGUACAGUAGAGUUCAGUAGAGUACAGUAAAGAGAAAUAGAGUUCAUUACAAUUAAAGCACAGUAGAGUACAGUAUAAUCGACUGUAUUGUACUGUACUCUACUGAACAGAUCUACUUUACUGUACUGUACUGAAUUCUACUGUGCUGUACUUUACUGUACUGUUUUGUACUGUGAUGUCCAAACUUGUGAAACUUAGACGUCUAUGAUUGGUUCAGAUUUGGUUUGGUCCGGACCAACCAAAUGUGGUCUUGUUUGGGGGCGGAGCUCAUUACAAUAAUAGCCAGUGUUUAGAAUAAUACCCAAAUAUGCAAAAGGAGGAUAUUGCAUAUUUCUACCUCAGUGUACCUAUUCAGGAUACAUCACCAUGAAGAUAAUUAUAUUCAUAUCCAUAAUUAUGCAUUUCUGUAUAGUACAGAUCAGGGACCCAUGAUGUAAACCCGUUACCGUAAUUCUGUUUACGGAUGUAAAUCCACUUCACCUACUGUAGUUCAAUAACCAACAUUUGUUGUGAAAUUGACUGUAAAUUGUUCAAAGUAUAGCUGUAUGGUUGGUUAAACUUUGAAAAUCAAUGGUUUUUGUUUGGCAUACAUUUUAAAGUGAAAAGUUGGAGUCAAAGCGUAAUUCCGUUAUUGUGGAAUUGCCUUCCGCCAGUAAUAAGGAAGCAGACCUAACUAAAACACUAGCACUUCCUCUCCUGUUGUAAAGUGGGGACAUCUCCACUCCAAUGGGAUCCUUUCUGUCCUGGGGGCGUGGCCCUCCUGAAUGGAACGGGGCCUCGGCCAAUGAGAAGACAGACAUCAUCUGUCUGUUAAUGAGAGGUUCUGGAAUCCUUUUCAUGUUAGAGUUCUAGACUCCCCCAGACAGACUCCCCCAGAUGUACAUGGCUUAAUGGCCUUUUACAGAGGCUAGGAAUCUUUAUGGCUGGGGCAAGCUCAAUGGGAUCCACAUCUAAGAAGGGGAGGGAGGGAGGAGGGGAGCGAGAGAGGGUGAGGGGCUGGGGAGAUAGGGAGAUAGGGGCUAGGGAGAUAGGGGCUGGGGAGAAGGACAGAGAGCUGUUGCACUGCAAAACCUAAACCUGACAUUUUUUUGGCUCAGCGGAGAUGUUGAUAGAGAGAGAAUUCCUUCUUAAUUUUCCGUCACAUGGAUUUAAUUGGGACUUUACUGGUUAACUGGAUGUCUUCUCACCUUGAGCGUCCUCUUUGGUGAUUGGUUUGAUCUUGAGAAUGUAAGAUAUCUGGGCUCCAUUGCUGUCUCAUUGUUUACCUACCUAAACCAGCUUGUCUAGUUGGCUGUGGGUGUUUCCUUUCCUCCUAUGUGGCAUUGUUUAGUACCUUGCACCGAGAGAAUGACUGGAUUGGAUGUGCACGUACACUACUUUAGAACAGGUUAUGAUUGUUAGACAACACUAGUUAUUAUUCUCCACUGUUUCCCAAACCAUUGGUUCUGUCUGUCUGUCUGUCUGUCUGUCUGUCUGGAGGCGGACGCUUCAGUCUUCAGCCUGGAUCAUGUUAUUUGUAGAAAAAAGGUUAUGUCUGGGGGGUUUUCUAUGCAUUGAACAGAUCUUCCUUUUGUCUACCUCCUGUUACUACUUUGGACGUGAGUUAAAGCCACUCCUUUCAUGUCAGUAGAAGCUGUUCAAAGUGUCCUAACGCAUCUGGCUAGUUCAAGAGCAUGGACUCCAGUCUUACUGUAGUGUACUGUACUGUGGAUAAAAGUGUCUGCUAAAUGGCAUAUAUUACUUUACCGUCCACAGCCAUGACAGCUGUGACCUCAUCACUUCUCCAAAUACUCUUUGAUCUUCAUAAACCUGCACGGUCCGGAGGCCCAGUAAAUUAUUACACUGUCUGUCAAUGUGAUGAAAUCCACUUACGGCUUUCAUUCCCUCAGAAUGCGUUCAUCAUGAUUAACGCUGAUCCUUUUCCUUCGGCGUUCCGAGCUUCUGAUGCUUUAGUUUCUGUGGAAUGAAGAUGAUUAAAAAUUCCGCUCCAUUUCAGUUGUUGCUGUUAGAUAUUUUCUUUGUGUGUUCUCUUGCUUUUUCCCCACUACUGAAACAAGCUGUGGGUAUAGAUAUUGCCUGCUGGACCAACCUAGAAAGAGGGCCCUGCCUAACUCUGCUUGUCUCCCUUGUUUAAAAGGUAUCUUGACCUCAAUGGAACUUCCUGGUUAAAUGAAGGUUAAAAAAAAAACAUACAUUGGGAUUUCCUGGUUAAAUACAAGUAAACAAAUAAAUGUCUCUCUCUGUGUAUCUGCUGUAGGAGCUCAGCACAGCGUCGGUAGUGGCACAUUGACCAGUCUGUGCCCCGUCUGUGGUCCCUUCACCUGGCACCUGGUGGUACCAUCGGUCAACAUGGGCCGAACACCUCAGAAAGGUCAUCACUUUUUUGAUGCUUUGUAUUGGAUUGUAUUAUUUUCUAUUAUAUUCUGUUCUACUCUACUCUAAAGUGUAUUAAUAAGAGGUUGAAUUGUCUCCUUUUCAGAGCCAAAAGAAGAGAAGGGGGAGAAACCUGAGAGAAGUAACCCCUCUCCAGGAACAGGUCCCCCGUCUCUGGAUAAAUCUAAUGGUAUUAAACAAUGUUCUUCUCUGUCACAAUAUAGUGUAAUCUAAGAUUUUCAGAUAGUUUGAACUAUGCCCUUUUCUUUUGCCAGAACCCUUCAGUUGGGAGGAGUACCUUAAGGAAACGUCAUCCACUGCUGCCUCUCCCAGUUGUUUCAGACAGGUAGAUAUGACCUAAUAACUACAACACUAAAGGCUGCUUUAGGAAGUGGUUUUUGACUUGUGUCCAAUGCCAAAUCAACCCCUAACCCCCCAUGCAUUCCUAGAUCUGAGAGGAUUAGAAAAGGUGUCAACAAUUUGGUAACAUUAGGUUUAGAUAAAACUCUGCCCAACAUUAGGUUUAAAUAAAACUCUGCCCAACAUUAGGUUUAAAUACAUUUUACAUUUUUACAUUUUAGUCAUUUAGCAGACGCUCUUAUCCAGAGCGAUUUACAGUUAGUGAAUGCAUACGUUUUUUUUUUUACUCUGCCCAACAUUAGGUUUAGAUAAAACUCUGCCCAACAUUAGGUUUAAAUAAAACUCUGCCCAACAUUAGGUUUAAAUAAAACCCUGCCCAACAUUAGGUUUAGAUAAAACUCUGCCCAACAUUAGGUUUAAAUAAAACCCGCCUAACAUAACAUUAGGUUUAGAUAAGCAAGUAAAUCCGUUAUUGACUGUUCCAUUGUCCUCCUGUCUCCCCCAGUCCCGUUUCCCUCCCAGUAACGACUUCAAGGCUGGUAUGAAGCUGGAGGCCCACGACCCUCGGAACAACACGUCCGUCUGCAUCGCCACGGUGAUGGGUAUGAUGGGUACUCGUCUGCGUCUCCGUCUGGACGGGAGUGACAACACCAACGAUUUCUGGAGACUGGUGGACUCCUCAGACAUCCAGCCUAUAGGGACCUGUGAGAGGAAAGGGGACAUGCUGCAGCCACCUCUGGGUAAGGCUACAUAGAGAGAUAUUACAUGUUAUAAGACUUCAUAAAGGUUUAUUAGACAUCCAGCCAAUAGGGACCUGUGAGAGGAAACAUGCUGAAACCCCUGCUGGGUAAGGGCUGCACUAUGUCCUGAAAUGUGCUACAUAGAAAUAACAAAUUAUAACAUAUUAUACCAAAACAUAUUAUAACAUAUCAUAUUAUAACAUAUUAUAACAUAAUAUAACAUAUUAUAACAUAUUAUAACAUAACAUAUUAUAACAUAUUAUAACAUAAUAUAACAUAUUAUAACAUAAUAUAACAUAAUAUAACAUAUUAUAAUAUAUUAUAACAUAUUAUAACAUAUUAUAACAUAUUAUAACAUAACAUAUUAUAACAUAACAUAUUAUAACAUAUUAUAACAUAAUAUAACUAGGGCUGUCAAAAAUAGCGCGUUAACGACGUUAAUUAGUUGUUUGCUGUUAAUUACGUCAAUUUUUUUAACGCAUUUCACGCAUGCGCAGUGUGACAAAUUAUUCAGGUCAGGAAAGUGGUUGGGAGCUAGAGGCGAGAUGGAGCAAGGUGAGCAAAGUGGGCCUAUUGACGGAUUCAAAUAUAAAAAGAAUGAUGAUGGUACAGUUAACAAGUACAAGGUUAUUUGCAAGAUUUGUAAGAAGGAGUUUCAAUUUCACCGGAGCUGUUCAAGCUUGAAGUACCAUGUCAACGCCAAACAUGCGUUUGCUGGGCCGUCAGAUUCAGCAAGUGGUUUGCGCCAGACCACGCUGAAUGUUUGCAGGCAAUUAACAUAAUCAACCUCAGAUAAUUUGACCAACACAAUAGCAAAAUGGAUUGCAAAGGAUUGUAGAUCCAUUAGCAUUGUAGAAGACUCAGGUUUCCUUGAUGUUUUGCAAGUGGCGUCUCAAGACUCAUUCUAUAAGCCACCGUCAAGAGCCACAGCCACAGCCAAAGACAAAUAUUAUGGUGUGUAGUAUGUUUCAGCUUGAUUUAAAACACCAUUAUUUGGCUGUGUUAAUAAACAGACAUAAUAUGAAAAUUAUGUAUCUGUGUCCUGUUAUUUAUCUUUUGGUAUGCAUUUCAGAAAAAAAAUGGUUAGGAUUCAGGUGUAAUUGCAAAUAGUGAUUAAUCAUGAUUAAUCCACUGAAAAUUCUGAUUAAUUUGAUUAAAAAUUUUAAUCAUUUGACAGCCCUAAAUAUAACAUAAUAUAACAUAUUAUAACAUAUUAUAACAUAAUAUAACAUAUUAUAACAUAAUAUAACAUAAUAUAACAUAUUAUAACAUAUUAUAAUAUAACAUAUUAUAACAUAUUAUAACAUAUUAUAACAUAUUAUAACAUAUUAUAACAUAUUAUAACAUAAUAUAACAUAACAUGCUUAUAACAGCAAUAAAGCAGCAAUAUAUGUAAUCUUUACCUUUAUCUUUGACUUGUCUUUAGGCUUCAGAAUGAAUGCCUCCUCGUGGCCUAUGUUCCUCCUGAGAACCCUGACUGGAGCAGAGAUGGCUCCAGCCACAGCUUUUAAAAAAGUAAAGUCACAAAGAAAAAUGAAACAUUUUCGAUUCACAUUGGACCAUAAAGCUGUAUUGUACUGUAUUGUAUUGUACUGUUUUGAUUUACUGAUGUACGUACAUCAAUGAUUUACAUGUGUGUGUAUAUAAACGGAUCUGUCUCGUCUGGACUAACAGAGUUCUCUGCGUGUGUAGGAACCCUCCAAGCCCUCCCAGAAUCUCUUUAAACCUGGGAUGAAGCUAGAAGCAGUGGACAAGAAGAACCCCUACCUGAUCUGCCCGGCAACCAUCGGAGAGGUCAAAGGUAACAAGAUCUUUUUUAUUUAACCUACCUUUACCCCAUCUCUUUGGAGGACAACUUUAUUACUAUAACUAAAACUCCAUACUAUUUUUUAUUGAUUUACUAUAAUACUAUUUGUUCCUUUGCCCCCAUUUGUCGUCUGGUCGAUGUAUCUCAUUUACAUUACAUUUACAUUUUAGUCAUUUAGCAGACGCUCUUAUCCAGAGCGACUUACAGUUAGCACAUACAUUAUUUUAUCGAACCCACAACCCUGGCGUUGCAAACGCCAUGCUCUACCAACUGAGCUACAUCCCCUGCCGGCCAUUCCCUCCCCUACCCUGGACGACGCUGGGCCAAUUGUGCGCUGGGCCAUGGGUCUCCCGGUCGCGGCCGGCUACGACAGAGCCUGGAUUCGAACCAGGAUCUCUAGUGGCACAGCUCCUCUAUGUCCUACUGUUUAUUAUAUUCAUCUUUAUUUUUAGGUGAUGAGAUAUUUGUGAUGUUUGACGGCUGGAGAGGGGCCUUCGACUACUGGUGCCAGUUUGACUCCAGAGACAUAUUCCCUGUAGGAUGGUGCUCUCUGACCAGACACAGUAUCCAGCCUCCUGGUAACUUCUGUAAGUACCUCAACCUCACCACUAGAGGACAGCAGAGCCCUGCUUGC